AUGGUGGCUGCAAAGAAGAUUAAAAAGUUAGUGGAAUGGAUCAACUCUAGGCUUCUACUUGUUAUAAAAAAUGGAAAGUACAUACUGGGGUACAAGCAGAUUCUAAAGAUGAUCAGGCAAGGCAACGCAAAAUUGGCUAUCCACACUGAAAACUGCGCAGCUUUGAGGAAAUCCAAAAUAGAGUACUAUACCAUGUUGACCAAAACUGGUGUCCAUCACUACAGUGAAAAUAAUUUUGAAUUGGGCAUAGCAUGUGGGAAAUACUGCAGAGUAUGCACGCUGUCUAUCAUUGAUCCAGACGAUUCUGAUAUCAUUAGAAGCGUGCCAGAACAGACAGGCCGCCAUCUUGGCCAUUCAGGCUUCUCAGCGAGUCCAGCCUGUGGGCCUUGGAGAGCCCAAAUUGAUCAGGGGCUGAAAGGAACACCUGAUGGCAGUGACAGGUCUCAUCCAGCUCCCAUGCAGCCAGCAAAGCCAGUCUCACUCCCACCAUGCCCCACCAACAGCACAGAGUUUAUAUCCAGGGCCCCUGAUGGUGGGAAGAGAGAGCCCCAGAGAGUGCAGGACGACUUCACAGUCCAGAUCCUGCAGCAGAUUGCCAAGCUCAAUUUCCAGCUCUAUCACAGUUUUGACGAGUGA